UGGGCAGCCACCCCCGAGAUGUUCACCCGGGCUGUGAGCAGGCUCAGCAGGAAGCGGCCGCCGUCAGAGAUAAAUGACAGCGAUGGCAAACCAGGCAGCAGCCAACAAACCCUAAAAGGAACCUCAAGAUGGACUACGUCACUAGAGAACCUCCUAGAAGAUCCAGAAGGAGUGAAACGAUUUAGGGAAUUUUUAAAGAAAGAAUUUAGUGAAGAAAAUGUUUUGUUCUGGUUAGCAUGUGAAGAAUUUAAGAAAAUGCAAGACAAGAAACAGAUGCAAGAAAAAGCUAAAGAAAUUUACAUGACUUUCCUGUCCAGUAAAGCUUCCUGCCAAGUCAAUGUUGAAGGGCAAUCCCGUUUGAAUGAGACAAUAUUGCAAGAACCUCACCCACUAAUGUUUCAAAAGCUGCAGGACCAGAUAUUCAAUCUCAUGAAGUACGACAGCUACAGCCGCUUCUUAAAGUCAGACAUAUUUUUAAAACAUAAGAGGGCCGAGGAACAAGAAGAGAAUUCAUCGGAAGCUCAAUCCGUAGCUAAAAGAGCUUCAAGGAUUUACAACACAUGA